AUGUCACAAGGGCCGAGCUCACCUACAAGAAACCGGAAAACCUUCUCUGGCUGCUGGUCAUGCCGAGAACGCAAAAUCAAGUGCGAUGAAGCGAAGCCAACCUGUCGCCAGUGCAUGAAGAGUCGCUUGGAAUGUAAGGGUUACGGUCUAAGACUCCAAUGGAUCAUCAACAAACAACCAGAUGCGGAGUUCCCUGGUGUUAACAAUCCACGCAGAAAUAUCGCUCUGGAUGCUCAUACACCAGUGCUUUCACUCGAAAGAAUUGAUGAGAUACUAACUAGUCUUGGCCACUAUGAUCCAAGGUACCGGCCUUCCCUACAUGAGAGUGUAGAUAUUUUCACGGGAUGUUUUGGAGUCUUUCGGGAUGUGGAUUCCGGACUUAAUGCUUCACCAUUACCCAUAGACUUCGCACCAAUAAACACAGAGUCUCAACAUACACUCAACAAUGCGAACAUUACUGUGUCCCCAGCCAUAGGUGACAGUACUGGUAUUGAUGAAUUCGAUCACGACUUCUCUGUCCCCGAAGAUCACAGGGAGUUCUUGAUCAACGGCUCUUCAAAUCAAUCACCAAGCAUCUCUAGGUUUGGCAUUGAUAGCCGAAAUCAAAGCAUACUAAACGCCCGCGGUAGUUUUUCCGAGGAGAUUGAGACUGAUGCUUUCGGACUUUACGAAAAUGGAGUCGAUUUGACUUCCCAUUCGGUUACUCUCGGGAAGACAGAGAAGUUCCUGAUACACUACUAUUCAAAGCGUGUUGUAAACCUUUUUUGUGUCAUUGAAAAUGGGACAAGCCCGUGGAAGUCGAUCCAUCUUCCCAAGAUACUCCAUGCAGUGGGAGAAAUAACCAUUGAGGGGGAAACAUCGAGAAUAUGCGAAGCUCUUGUACGCUCGUGUCUUUCAAUCAGCGCCUUCUGUCUGUCGAAUGAUUGCAGAUUACGGCUCCAAGAGACUAAAGCCAUCAAAUGGGAACAGUUGGCUCAUGAGUUUCGACUUCAAGCUAUCAAGCUUCUUAGGAAUGCGAUGGAAGAAGACUUUUACCCAAACAAUGGAAUAAAGUACACGGACUUUCUUGCCACCACUUUGUCUAUGAUUACAAUCGACGUGAUGUCAGGCGAAACGGCCACCUGCGGAAUCCACUUAGAUGGGGCUCUACGGUUAAUAAAUCACGGGCACACCUGGAAGGAACAAAAUUCCAGCAAAGCAGAGACUCUUCACCGGAUGUAUUUUUAUCUGCGAGCGAUUUUCGAGAGCACAUUGCCCCGAAAUAGCCGAUCGCGAAGGCUACGAACAUUGUAUUCCACUGAGGAAAACGUGGACUCUCAAGACGUGUUUUGCCACAAGAUCGUUGCCAGAUGUUCGCCUUGUUCAACGCAAUCCGCCUCAGACCAAGUUACAGAUCCAAAGAUUGGAAGCUACGAGAGCAUUUAUGGUGUCCCUUAUAGCCUCCUCUUCCUACUGACCAGAGCCAUUGACCUUAUCUACAAACUUUCUGAUGAAUCAUUCGAUGGCCGAAUCCCAUUACAUCUUAUGGACGAGUGUGAUGAACUCGAACAUUCCAUAAUGGAUUGGCCUGCUCACACCAACUUCCCAUCUGAACCGCCAACUAACUCUUCUUCAAACACCAAAAUCGUUUACUAUCAUACGGCCGCCUUUCAUGAAGCGCUCAUCAUCUACUUUGCACAGCACGUUCGGCUUGUCGGUCACCGUUUCCUACAGCCACAUAUCCGGGCAGUCCUGGAUAGAAUGGAAGUCAUUGAGGAAAUCAAAGUCGAAACCAACCUGGUCGCUGCCCCACUGUAUUGGCCUGCCUUUAUUGCCGGUAGUGAGGCCUUUGAUAAGGCCCUACAAAAUAGGUUUCGGAAGUGGUACGAGCAUGUGAUGUUCUACGGGAUAGAGGCGCUAAGGACAGGAUUCUCUAUACUCGAAGAUGUCUGGGCAACGGGGCCGCAGAGAGCAGAUAGGGUUACGAGCUCAUGGCGCGAGUUGGUAGAAAAGUCAGGCAAGAUACUAAUGUUGAGUUGA